AUGGAUCCAAAAAAUAUGGGAUUUGCAAAGAAGAUUUUAUCUAUGGGAUCAGGAAAAGGACUUCCAAUAAUGUCUUUAGCUUUAGCUGGUGGUAUUGGAUAUGUGGGAAUGCAUUCUAUGUAUACUGUUGAGGCUGGUCACCGUGCUAUUAUGUUCAAUAGAAUUGGUGGACUUGGUAAUGAAGUUGUUAAAGAAGGUUUACAUUUCCGUAUUCCAUGGUUCCAAUAUCCAAUUAUUUAUGAUAUUCGUGCUCGUCCAAAUCAAAUACGUUCACCAACAGGAUCAAAAGAUCUUCAAAUGGUUAACAUUGGUCUUCGUGUUCUCUCACGCCCAAGUCCUGACAGACUUCCAGAUAUGUAUAGAGUUUUAGGACAAAAUUGGGAAGAAAGAGUACUUCCAUCUAUUUGUAAUGAAGUUUUAAAAUCUGUUGUAGCAAAAUUUAAUGCUUCUCAACUAAUUACUCAACGUAGUCAAGUUAGUAUGCUUGUAAGAAAAGCUUUGAUUGACAGAGCAAUGGAAUGGAAUAUUAUUCUUGAUGAUGUUGCUAUAACUGAACUUGCCUUCUCACCACAAUAUUCAGCAGCUGUUGAAGCUAAACAAGUUGCAGCACAAGAAGCACAAAGAGCUACUUUCUUAGUUGAAAAAGCUAAACAAAUGAGGCAAGAGAAAAUUGUACAAGCUGAAGGAGAAGCUCAAUCAGCCAAACUGUUGGGAGAAUCAAUGAAACAUGAUGCUGGAUUUUUGAAAUUACGUAAGAUUCGUGCCGCUCAAAAAAUUGCAUCUUUGAUGGCUGAAUCUAAUAACAAGGUUUAUCUUCCAUCUGAUGGUUUAAUGCUCAAUAUUGCUGAUGAAGAUUACAUCAAAUCUUGUGAUAUAAGUAAGAAACGUUAA